GCUGGAUGAUGACGGGUUGCCGCACGGAUUCUGCACCGUCACCUACUCCUCCACAGACAGAUUCGAGGGGAGCUUUGUUCACGGAGAAAAGAACGGCCGGGGGAAGUUCUUCUUCUUUGAUGGCAGGAUGGCGGUAGCCUGGUGGGAGAAGUCAAUGAGGAUGGGGAGAUGACGGGAGAGAAAAUCGCCUAUGUGUACCCGGAUGAGAGGACCGCCCUUUAUGGACGAUUCAUUGAUGGAGAGAUGAUAGAAGGAAAGCUUGCCACCCUUGUGUCCACCGAGGAAGGGAGGCCUCACUUUGAAGUGGUGCCUGGCGGUUCAUUGUACCAUUUUGAUAAGUCGACGUCAUCUUGCAUCUCUACCAAUGCCCUUCUUCCAGAUGCGUAUGAAUCAGAGAGGGUUUAUGUUGCUGAAUCUCUCAUUUCCAGUGCUGGAGAAGGGCUGUUUUCAAAGGUAGCUGUGGGGCCUAAUACUGUUAUGUCAUUUUAUAAUGGAGUCCGAAUUACACACCAAGAGGUGGACAGCAGGGACUGGGCCCUUAAUGGAAACACCCUCUCCCUCGAUGAAGAGACGGUCAUUGACGUGCCUGAGCCCUACAACCACGUGUCCAAGUACUGUGCCUCCUUGGGACACAAGGCAAAUCACUCCUUUACUCCCAACUGCACCUACGACAUGUUUGUCCACCCCCGUUUUGGACCCAUCAAAUGCAUCCGCACACUUCACGCCGUGGAGGCCGAAGAGGAGCUCACCGUUGCCUAUGGCUACGACCACAGCCCCCCGGGGAAGAGUGGGCCCGAAGCCCCCGAGUGGUACCAGGUGGAGCUGAAGGCCUUCCAAGCCACCAAGCAGCAGUAAAAGGCUGGCGGCUCUUGGGUUCAGAGACCUGGAGGAGAAACUUGGAUCUAUGCACUACGUUUAUCCGGCAACGGGACAACCAGGGACUGCUCAUGCUGUGAGAUCACAUCCUCUCACCCCGCGUUUAGCAACGACUGUCUUGCAUACUAACUAGAUUUGACUGUAUGACUCAGACCAGAUUUAAAAUUAGCUAGCCUUGCAACAACGUCCUACUGAGAGGUAGUGUCAAGCAUUUGACAUAAGACAGCAUGAUGUUUUUUCGUGGUUCAAGUCUAAAUCUGUGCCGCACUCAGAGAUGCCAAAUGACUAGACUGAAGGGGGAAAAAAAGGGAAAUGGGGCUUUUCAGUCGUUUUUAGGCAGUGGUUUUCCAUGAUCUCCCCCCACCCCCCAUGGCCAAUGCAAAAUGUUAUUAUACUUGCAUAUGCGCCGUAUGGAGAGGAGAGAAUGACUACAUUUUUAUAUUCUCUCAAUGUAGUAUCACUUGCCUUUUAACUUUUGAUCUGUAUCUUGCAAUCAAAUAGCUUUGUUUUGGGUUUUCCCCCUAGUGAACCGAAGCCUGUUCUUUGACUUAUUUCUCCCCUCGAUCCUAUUCCCUUUCUUAGACGGCUUUUCUAAGAGAACACGUCCCACUGGAUUGUGUGUCAGAGGCAGUGUGUAGGUCUCUCUGCCUCUUUUAGGUCAGUGUUUCCUUCUUACUGUCCUCAGAUUUAAAAAAAAAUCUGGCCCAUAGGGCCAGUCUAUUAUUAUUCUCGCAUGUAAACAAAGAUAUCUUUGCUUUCAGAUGUGAGAAGAAAUGAGUUUACUUUGUUUGCAUUAAGUUAUGAAAGCGGUGUAAUAUAUUUUUUCAGCAAGA